AUGCGGAAUCAGCGUUCCAGAGAUGUGGAUCAACUGGAAGGGGAUGUUGAUGAUUCCGAAGUCGUUUACCGUAAAAUACGGAAGAUAUCACCAACUACCGAUUACUCGUCGAAAAGCGACAGUAGAAAAAGAGGUCCCAAGAGGAAGACAACGUCAGAGGGUGGUACGCCUAAAAAACCCGGCAGAAAGCCACGAAGUGCUGCUACUGUUGAAGAGAAGAAAAGAAAGGUUUAUUCUUUUCAUGUUAUGAAACCACGUUUAUUCUCUUCUUUGAAGAGAAGUGAGAGUGAAGAUCGUAUCGAAUUG